AUGGCGGCCGCAGGGUCCGCAGAACGGCCCGCUACUCCGGCCAGCAGCGACCGGCCCGGGCCCGCAGCGGGGUGCGGGGCCCGGGCCGCCGGAGGAGCAGCCGGAGGAGGAGCAGCCGGAGGAGCAGCCGGAGGAGCAGCAGGAGGAGGAGCAGCCGGAGGAGCAGGCGGAGGAGCAGCAGCGGAGGAGGAGCAGCCGGAGGAGCAGCCGGAGGAGCAGCCGGAGGAGCAGCCGGAGGAGCAGCCGGAGGAGCAGCGCAGCGUCCACCGGGCACAGACACGGAGGAGCCACCCGGAGAGGAGCAGCAGGGCGGCCAGGAGGGACGUUCACCGGGGAGGAGAGUGCUUCGUCUCUCCGGCUCUCAUCCCAAAAUGUUGUGACGUUGUAUCAGGACCACCCAGCAAACAGAAGCUGGCGUCUGAGGACAGAGACGAGGUGAAGAGGAGGAACUGUAAAGACGAGUCAGUCCGACAUGACGAAGAGCCAGGAGUUCUGUCGGACUCGGAGAACGAGGAGCCUUUCAGCAGGAGGAUCAGAAACAUCUCGGCCUUCAUCAGGAAAACCAAAAACUCUGCGGCCCUCUCAAGUGGUGCUCAGAGGAGUCAGAGCUGCAGCGAGCCGGUGGAGGACCGAGGACGGAAGACGAAGGUCGUCACACAGCCGGCCCUCAUGGACAGAGUGGGCAUCAGUCACAGCUUCACAGCAGGAAUCCUUCUCUCGUCGGAGAACAGCCGCUCCGUCUCGGCUCCCAUCACCGCCGACCGCCGCCUCGCCUGGAGAGCUGUCGUCUCGUCGACCCCAUGGGCGCCGCCCCCGCCCCGGCCCGAGCGCUCCAUCAGCCCCGAGAGCAAUGACAGCAUCUCUGAGGAGCUCAACCACUUCAAGCCCAUCGUCUGCUCGCCGUGCACGCCGCCCAAACGGCUGCCGGACGGCCGUCUGCUGGAGCCGACCAUCGUGAAGUCCACACCCAGGAACCUGACCCGCGGCCUGCAGAAGAACACCAGCUACGAGGCCAGUCCCGCCGUCCUGCAGAAGUGGAGGCAGAUCGAGCUGGACCGCCAGAGCCUCAAGGUGAACUCCAAGGCGACGCUGACGAGCCCCGUCAAUGAGCUCCACAACAGACCGGUGGGGGGGGACGCCAGGACCCGUCAGUCCCCGGCGGGACGCGGCGGAGACGGAGUCAGGAACGCCAACAAGAGGAGGCUGCUGUUCGAACCUCCAGCCGGAGACACGGACUGCUUCCAGAAACAGUCUGUGAGGAUCCGGGUCCCGGCCAUCCGCUACAGCAGCGAGUCCACUUUCAGAGGAAAUUCAGACUUUGAGCCGGCGGUCGGCGCUCCUGAAUCCGGCAGCGGUGGAGCGCUCUUUAGCCGAAAACAGUCGUUCUCGCCGCACACUAAGAACUCCGGUUUUCAGUCCUGUAAGUUAGUGCCAAAGGACUCACAGAGUCCGAGGAAGGAGUCCGACAGUGGCCUCCACAACCAGUCUACCUCAAGGAGGGGCAAGAAGCGGGAACAGAAGACCAAACACCUGGACUCGGAGCGGGACUCGGACCGGAAGAGGAGCCGGUCGGCCAGCCAGGAGGCCUUCGACGAGCGGUACGUCCGUCAGAUCCAGCAGGAGCGUCAGGACCGAGCCAUCGCCCUGAAGCUGCAGAGACAGUUCGACCUGGAGAACCAGACCGCCAGCCGCCGGAGGAGCCCCGACAAGUACUUCCUGCGGUCCUGGAUGUCCAACCAGAACCACCGCAGGAGGCGUGGCCUGAGGAGAUCCCGACGAAUCAACAAGAAGCACUAGAGAGUUCGUCUGCUGACUCGGCACAAAGACAGGAAGAGGUUCAUAUAUGCAAAGUGACGAAAGGUUUGAAUGUUUAACCGCAGUUUAAAAAGCCGUCGAGGAAAAGGACAUGAACUGAACAUUUAUUUUGAUCUUCUCACCAGCAAAUCACCAAAAAUUGAAUGAAAAUGAGCUGAAUUCUGAAAUCUGAACUCAUCACAUCGAACGGACAAAACAGAUUUAAAUCAAUCGACCAAAAAUCUAUAGACUCGUAAGAAAAAGAGAAUUGUUGCUGUAUAAACUGGAGGUCUGGGGUCUUCAGGGGUACCUGAGCUUCUGGGUUCUUCUGUGGCCACUUGGGGUUUGAGGGCUUUAAGGGGUUCCUUUAGGUCUGGGGUCUACAUGGGUUCUUGUGGUCUGGGGUCUUCAGGGGUUCCCGGAAAUCUGGGGUAUUAAGUGGUUUUCAGGGGCCACUGGAGGUUUGGGGUAAUCAGGGGUUCCUGUAGGUCUGGGGUCUUCAGGGGUUCCUGUAGGUCUGGGGUCUUCAGGGGUUCCUGUAGGUCUGGGGUCUUCAGGGGUUCCUGUAGGUCUGGGGUCUUCAGGGGUUCCUGUAGGUCUGGGGUCUUCAGGGGUUCCCGGAAGUCUGGGGUAUUAAGUGGUUUUCAGGGGCCACUGGAGGUCUGGGAUCUUCAAGGGUUCCUGUAGGUCUGGGGUCUUCAGGGCCCAGUAUCUCCUCCCACUAUGUUACUGGUCCAGCUCUGUGCUGACAGUCUUCCAGUCUGAACGUUUGUUGGACGUUUCUUCAGCCCUUUGACGCUCUGGAUUCUGGACUCGGCUCCGUGCCGCUGAGGCUCAUGGGUACUGUAGUAGACCAGUGUGGAUCAGGAGAGAGGAGUCGUGUGAUUGGACGAGGUGUGUUUGGGGUGAAAAUGUAAAGAAAAGCUUUAAAGGAAGAGUUUGUGUUUUACGUGUGAAGCAGCGUUCACAUUAAGAGUUCUGAUCCACGAGACAGAAGAUGAAAGAUGAAUAAACUCCACAGUCACACAUUCAUGAGAACCAGCUCUUUGUUAAGGACCGCAACGUAAACAUCUAUGAAUAACAACGUUCAUCGCCGUGGUAACGUGAGCCGUCGUCUGGGUUUCAGUCGUAUUAUUACGUUCUCAGAGAUCUCACGACCUUUCUCUGUUCUCUUCUGAACAUAAACAAACACUAAUAUAAAUAAUAUAUUUAGCAUCAACAUUAUCACGAUGUUUAACGCCGUUUAACGAUGUUUAACGUCGUUUAGCGAUGUUUAACGUCGUUUAGCGAUGUUUAACGAUGUUUAACGAUGUUUAACGAUGUUUAACGAUGUUUAACGUCGUUUAGCGAUGUUUAACGUCGUUUAGCGAUGGUUUAACGAUGUUUAACGAUGUUUAACGAUGUUUAACGCCGUUUAACAAUGUUUAACGUCGUUUAGCGAUGGUUUAACGAUGUUUAACGUCGUUUAACGUUGUUUAAUGAUGGUUUAACGAUGUUUAACGAUGUUUAACGUCGUUUAACGAUGUUUAACGAUGUGAUGAGGUUGAUCCUUCACAAUAAGGUUUAUCUCAAAGAUCUUCUGAGUUUUUUCUCUUAAUAUUCGAUACAAUCACGAUAAUGUGGACAAAUGUUAAACAAGGUGAGAGGAAUGAGAUGUAUUCAUCAAACGUAGUACAAAUACAUGAAUACUAACACAUAAAUGAGGAGUAGAAGUAGAACCUCAGUGUUAAAGUCUCUAUUUAUUCAGAAGAAAGACUUUCUGUCAAAACUCUAACUCUAAACCUAAAUCUGUGUUUAUAGAGAGUAGAAGAACAGGUUGAAGUAUUUCUACCACAAACUGGUGGUUUUACUUCAUGUAUUUAUAAAAGAAUCACUACAGAACGUUUCCUCCUGAAAUAUGGCGGUGCACAAGUAUUGGGUACAAGUACAUUAAACUUGCAGUACUUGUACUUUAAUGUGAAUGCGGCUUCACUGUAAAUCAUUUCUUUAACAUUCCUGCAGUUUUUAGAUUUGUGUUUGAAUCAUGUUGAGACACUUCAGUCAGGAGGAGUGGACUUCUUUAGAUCUGUGAGAGGAGUGUUAUUGUUAUUGUUAUUAUUAUUAGUUAUAUUAUUAUUAUUGUGUGUUACUGAGUUUCCAGUGUUUCUCUUCAGAGACUCUGAGGGCUUUUUUUUAAACUCUCAAACACAGAUAUGCAGAUUUUGUAUUGUUCUAAAGUCGCUGAGUGCCAAAUGAUCAGAGAGCUUCUUCAUAAUUCAUAUUCAGAAGUUCUGUGUGAGAGGAGAUCUGAAACAAGAAACCUACGAGACCUGAGACAACCUGUGUCCUGUCUUCUUCUUCUUCUUCUUCUUCUUCUUCUUCUUCUUCUUCAGGAAGUAUUAAAUAUAUAUAUAUAUAUAUAAGUGUACAACAAUAUAUAAGUGUAGAUAAUAAUAAUAAUGAUUAUGAUAAAUGGGAUCUACGAUAUAGUGUGUAAAAAUGAAUAAA